AGGGGUAGCCUGUGACAGGAAUACACUGUGAAUACUAAAACUCAGAGAUCACCCUGAGCACCACGCUGGGUACGCGCUUAUAAAAUUUGCCGGGAAAGAAAGAGGGUUAAGCUCCAUGAUGCAGUUCAUGCUGCUUUUCAGUCGCCAGGGCAAGCUGAGGCUUCAGAAGUGGUACGUGCCGCUGUCGGACAAGGAGAAGAAGAAGAUCACCCGGGAGCUGGUGCAGACGGUGCUGGCCCGCAAGCCCAAGAUGUGCAGUUUCCUGGAGUGGAGAGACCUCAAGAUCGUUUACAAAAGGUAUGCCAGCCUGUACUUCUGCUGUGCCAUAGAGGACCAGGACAAUGAGCUCAUCACCUUGGAGAUCAUCCAUCGAUAUGUCGAACUGCUGGAUAAGUACUUUGGCAGCGUGUGUGAGCUGGACAUCAUCUUCAACUUUGAGAAGGCCUACUUCAUCCUGGACGAGUUCCUGCUAGGCGGGGAAGCGCAAGAGACCUCCAAGAAGAACGUGCUCAAGGCCAUAGAACAGGCAGACCUGCUACAGGAGAGCCAGACGGAGGACUGGGGAGGUUUGGCCAAUGAGGAGAUCUUAUAAUGAAGGGGCUAGAGUCCAGGCCUGCUGCCAGAGGCUCGGAAGCAGAGACCCCGCGGAGUGUUCUGGAAGAGAUCGGAUUGACAUAAGCAGCACCAUGGCCCUCAUCUCCUGGCUCUCCCCCUUCCCCUCCCCCUCACCACGCCAGCUACCUGUCUAUCUGUCUGCUCCAAGAUGUAGCACGCACACACAGUUACAAUCAAAUGCACACACACACACACACACACACACACACACACACACACACACACACACACACACACACACACACACACACACACACACACACACACACACACACACACACACACACACACAGUGUGCUUCAGUGUCUUUUCCUGUCCAACCAUUCCUAUUGACAUUUUACCUGCUGACCUGUCAUAGUGUGUACACACACAUGAAAAAACAUAAAAGACAUACUGUGUAUAAACACACACAUGCACAUUAUGUAGCAUGGUAGAGAUUUGCAUCAUUAGACGCGAUCACAACAUUGUUACCUUACAGGUUUUGUUACAGCCUUAAAGUAGAUAAUCAGUAUUUAAGACUCAUACACUGUCAUUGCACCCACAACCUUACAGCAGAAAGACAAGACUUAAGGAAAGUUCAUGAGUUUCAAAUUAAACAAACAAACAAACGAAAAGCAUUUGAGCAGCUAUUAACGAGUAGACAAAUGAGACCCAGACAGGUACACGUAGGUGGUUGAUAUUGGACUCCUUCUCGCUGACCCAUUGUUUUAAAAAAUGUAAUUUAAAAAUGUGCUAUUGAAAGUGCAAUCCAAUGGAUAGAAAGUGCAAAAUACUGUAAUGCGAUUGUGUGUCAACAUUUUUCAUUUAGCAUUGUUAAGACAUGUUUACGUAAAAGGGAAUCAUUGUCCAAAACCAAAGAUUUCUGUUUCCUUUUGAUUAUUAUUCAUUGUUUUUUCUCCCUUGGUUUACCUUGAGCAGUUACUGUAAGGCAGCAUACAAUGAGUUACACCACCAACACCUGUAAACCAUUUGUAAUCGGCUGUUACCGUUGAAAGCACAAGCGGGAAGUGAAGAAGAAGAAGAAGAAGAAGAAGAAGAAGAAGAAGAAGAAGAAGAAGAAGAAGAAGAAAAAGAAGAAGAGGAAGAAGAAAAAGAUCAUGAUGUCACUGCCCCCUGAACAUUCUCAGAGAUUAUUCCACCGUGUUUUGUGGUGAACUACUGUAGUAUAUGAGGUUAUUUCCAGUGCAAGUGCUACUGAAUUAUGUCCAACUGAGGUAUUGUAUGUCUGUCACUGAUGUCGUCUGCAUUUGCAAUCACUGCUGUGUAUAAUCCAGUUUACACCCCCACCCACCCACCAGAAAAACAAUCCCCACCUGUUUUGUUCUACUACUGUAAGUAUUUAAGGCAUUAUUUCAGUCAUGCGUCUUAUAUGCCAUGUGUAAUUAUGUCUAGUCAUGGGGAAGUGUUUCUGUACCUGUACUUUGUUGUCUGUAAUUCUGUGCAGCAGUGUUUGGUGUUUGGAACAAAGAAUAGAAAUAAAUUUGUUUACCGCCGUUUGUAUGACAUGGCGUACACAUUUCCACAUUUCCAUUGACAAUUUGGCCACUUUCUUUUUAUAAAACUUUCAUGGGUCACGGAAUCAAGCAUUUUUCAUGUAGUAAAUCCCAUGUUUAAAAUUUGAUUUACAAAAUUAGCCUAAUAAAUGAGACAGCAGCAAACAUAAAAGCAAUCAGUGAGGACCACUAUUGCACUGCAGGUGACUCAGAAAAGGGGCUGAAUGUGCUAAACAGUGGACUUGACUAUUUAAAAACAGUGUUCAUAAAAUAUAAUCUUUUUAUCAAUCAUCUAUUCAAGCGGAGUCCUCUCUUUGUGGCAGCUGUUUUUGGCACGGUGCACAAUGAACACUGUAGCCGGCCAUUUUAUUUGUGGGAGCCAGGGGCAGUUGAGUGCCCAUGAAUUUUGCAAAUACAUAUAGUGUUGUUCACAGCCCAACAACUUGCCUGUGGCUCCCCAGGGAUCCAGGCAGUCCUUGUUAAGUGCAUUUCUUUAUUGACUGCAGUGUGGCUGGCUGGCAACGAGGAAAGAGCCCCAGCCAGAGACUGAUCAGCAGCCAGCCACAUGCAAAUCGACAGACUAACAGACAGACAGACAGACAGACAGACAGACAGACACCGUGGGUAGGCAUGCAGACAUGCAGUACAGUAGGCUACUGAUU